AUGAAGUUCAGGAAAUUCAGAGACACGUAUCCGGCUGCCAGAAGUUUGAAAUGCGAAGGCUUUACCAAUUCGCACUUGGCCAAACAUCAAGAAGAGAUUGGUGGCAUUGUAGAUGCCUUUCUAGAUAAACACGCAAAACAGCUGUGGCCCCCCGACGAACAUGCAUCUCUGCACCACAAACUACAGUACCCGAAAGACGAGACUAAAAUUAGAGAAGUGAUCUCAAGAGUUAUUCUUCGCCAGAGUUACUGGGCGGGGAAAUACUCGAGGAAGCGAGAAAGGCAGACAACGAAGGCGAUGGACGACCAAGACGAAGAAGACGACGAUCCAUGUCCGGAAGACACAGACCGUACGGUGAAGGACUUCUCCAGCCGCGAUGUGGGCGGGCACCUUGAGACCAUACAUGUUGCGCCUGUAACCACCGCGGCAAUCCUGCAUACACCAUGCAUGGAAACAUCGAUACAUGGAUCUGCGAAACGAGGCGCAUCCUCUGUCCGCGAUUAUCCACCUGCAAAACGAAAUCGACGACGUCUUGCAGCGUACGUGAGCCGUAGGUCAUUCCAGGACAACAGUACCAACACCUGCCACGAGCAGGAGAAUAUCGUGGUAGCCGAGUGCUCAGCUCGAAGCUCAUCUAAUCAGCCGUACGACAACGAUAACUCAGCAGACGGACCCUCAGUGUCAGCGAGUGAAACUCGUUCCAGAACCAACGAAUCUAGUAUUGCCGACGAAGCUGAGCCCGUCCCAGGUCUUCGAGCCUCGAAGUCAGCCGCUGGAAAGCAGCCUCAAGUCGAAGAAGAUAGUACCCGCGCUGUGUCUACGGACGAAGCUCUCGCAGAAACGGGCCCAACCGAGGGGACUGCUACGACCACUCAAGGAGAGUCAAUCGCAGAAGCACAGGUAGCGAGAAGCUAUGAUCCGGUCUUACCUGUCUCACAGAGGUUGAUCCUCGGCGGCGAGGGAACGCGAAUUUGGUCCGGUAUGAACAACACAGUUCAGUCUGCACCAGAGGUUGAGUUCACCUACGGCAUUACCAUACAGUACCCAGUGCACCUCAGGAUACCGUGGACCCCCAGGGGUCACCUUGCUUUCAAAACCCUUACCGACAUGGAGACUGAACUCAAGACAGUGCUGGAGGAAGGCUUGACCCGAACGACAGGCAGACAGGACUUCGCUGACCUGAAGGACUUCCGGAUUGAGUCGUGGCGUUUCGAUAUAAGUGGUCAUGGCGCAAUUUUAGAUUUCGACGUCAAGGGUGAGAUAGAAAAACAGUUCGACCACAUGAAGAGAAAGGCAAAGCAGGAGAUGCAACUGGCGAUCCAGAGGUCACCGGAGUCAAGACCGUCGUUCAAUAUCGAGAUUCAGAUAGUCACCAGCCGAGAUUCGGGGAUCAGGCAGACGGGCGGCCGCAGCUUUGAUUGGUAG